CGGCCCUGGCGGACUGCGCUGCGAGCUCGAGCGUGUAUGAGCAUGAUGCGGCGCGCUCCAGCAUAAAGAGGCACGCCCUCGCUUUGGAGCGUCGUGCAUGCCAGUCCGUCCCUCCGCGCGACCUUCAUUCCAAUGGAAUCGUCCGCUGCGAGUCCCGAUUUCUCGUCCGGGGAGAUUGCGGGUCUGGUGUUCGUAGUGAUUGCGGGGACGCUUUCUGCUGUGUCUGUAGCGGCUGUUUUGGUUUACCUUCUCUAUUCGAUGUCUCGGCAGGCAUAUUCACUCUCUGGUCACACUCAUUAUUAUUUCCUCAACUUGAUGGCGGCGGAAUUCGUCCAAGCUCUAGGUGGCAUGAUGACAGCAGAAUGGGUACGGGAACAUAGGGUGCUUGAAGGAAUGUCCUGCAAUGUGCAGGGCGUGCUCAAGCAACUUGGCGACGUCGUCGUAGCCUUCACUUCUAUGGCCAUCGCCAUUCACACGUUCCUAAAUAUCGUCUGGAAAUUCUCCUUCCCUCCGAUAGUCGCACCCUUCGUCAUCAUAUUCAUGUGGACGCUUGCCAUCCUGUUCAUCGCAGUCCCCGCCAGCAUCCAUUCGGGACACUACUACGGCAAUACGGGAUACUGGUGCUGGAUCCGAGAUGAGUACGACGCCCAGCGCGUAGGGCUCGAAUACGUUUGGCUGUAUAUGGCCAUGUUCGUCAGCCUGAUGUGCUAUGCAUGCAUUGCGGCGACGGUCAAGGGCUACAACGUGAGAUCGCUGUUCGGCGCCAGCAGAGAUCCACCGGUGCAGAGGCUCUACCAGCAAGACCGCACAAACAGGCGGCGCAUGAACCAGAUGGCUCUGCAAAUGAUGUUCUACCCUGCAGUGUAUACGAUCACGGUAUUUCCUAUAGCUAUCGUGCGUUGGAUAUCUUUCGGGAAAAUUGCAGUCCCCGCGGGCGCUACGAUCUUCGCUUCCUUCCUCUUCUCGUUGUCCGGCUUCCUGAACGUCAUUCUCUUCGGCUUCACAAGACGCGGAAUCAUCCCAUAUCCCUCGCAUGUCAUCAAGUCAAGAUUAAGGACAAAGAGCUCUUUCGCCUCCCCUGGAAUGACAAACAAUCCCAUGACCGACACCGUUGCCUCCGUAUACUCGCAGACCGGCACCUACGGCGGUCGCUUCUCCCAGUUCCCGACGUCGGACUAUCCGUUCCAGAUGAAAGAUGCUCCGCCAUUACCUCCACUUCCAGAGCCUAUUGCCAUGCACGGGCAACAACGAAACCUGGAUGACUUCUAUGAAGUAACAUUCGCGAAGCCUGAUUAUCCGCCCAGUAGGGCAGAUUCAAAGCGGUCGUCCUAUUGGAUAUGAUGCCACCAUACGCCAUGACCGCACUCACUCCGUUCCUUUGUAUUUUGCGUAACUAUCGGGCUCUAGAAGCGACACUGGCUGUAGCAUAACGAUGCCACCUCUGUUCCCUGUGCGAUCUCUACCGUCCAGGCACUCCCUUGCUAAUUACUGUACCACCUACUAUAUUUAUCAGUUACUUAAGGCAGAAAACUGCUACACUUGCGAACCGAACGCAACGAAAACGACUGUAUGAAUCAAUGGAAUGGAGGGCC